UCGGCAUGCAUGACCACAUGAGCAGGCGGCAUGAGUCCUAUUGAUUAAAAUGCAAAAAAAUAUUGCAGGCUUGCUGAUGGAAGGCCAGUAGCUUAAUAAUAUUUCGCAACAUCUUCAUUGUCCUUGGGUAAUAUCCUAAGAUAAUCAGAAGGCCGUUUAUUUUGCAUCGGCCUACCUGAACCUAUCAUAUGGGUUAGAACCAGUAUCAGGAUUAGUAUGGCAAAUCUUUGACCAUGAAUUCCAUUGAGGCGUAUGUCUAUGACUAUUUCUUCAGUAGGUUUUUACCAUAAUUUUAGGUAAUCCUAGGUACUGAUCCACCACAUUUGAACGAAUGCAAAGCUUUUCUGGUUGAGUUUAUCUGCAGGAAUGGAGUGGGCCAGCUUGCCAGGGUUGAAUUGCUCGAAAAGAUUGAGGUGACAUGAUGGGAUAAAUUUUGAGACGUGACUUUUGGUGCAUCUGGUCUAACCAUUCAACUGCACUCGUCAUCACGUUUCAUAAAUGAAGGUCUUCCAUUUCCAUAGGAUGAGGUCCAAGGUUGGCUCACACCUAGGCCUAGGCCCACCCAUGUGGACCUUUCAUUCCUAUGGUUUGAUCCCAGCAUCAAGAGUCACUUCAUGGUCUAAGUACUCCACAGCUUUGGCAAGACUGAAAUGCAUUGGAGGAGCUUCAAGAAUGCAUCAUUCCCUGCCAAGAUCACAGAUGUCAUCAGUUUCUGUCAUUUCAUGGCAAUUAUCACACUAUGAGUCUACAAGCAGGACAAGAAGUCCAUGCUGUUUAAUCUCAGAUAUGUGGUCAGCAAAUUGGCUUCAUCCAAGGCAAAGAUUGAUGCACAGUAAAAAUAGGACCACAGAGAAUGGUCUUGCUUCUAAAAUUCUCAGUGAGGUACUCAGAACAGCAGAGUUUUUGAGAAGUGAUCAUCUCUUCCGACAUCUUGCUUCAGAGAGUAAUCCAAAGGGUGAUAAAAGAUCAGAAGAAAAACUCUCCUCUCGGCCUUCUACAGCUCCAAAACCUUCCUCUGCUUCAUAUGGUGGCACUCACACUCAACAAAGAGGAAAGCAGCGGUUGAAGGCUUCUGAUGAUCCUACUGUGGAAAGGAAUUUCAUCACAGCUGUUCGUGCAAUGGGAGAAUUCCUCCUGAAGCCUCAGCAUCUGGAAAAUCUGCGAAAAACUCUUAGACGAAGUCCAUAUGAGAAUGAACCUCCAAUUACAGUAUUUUGGAGAAAAGAUGUUGAAGACAAGGCUCUUGAAGUGUGGGGAAGCAAAGAUGCCCUUGACAGGGAGCGAAUGAGUCGUAAAGAUGAAGUAAAACGUAGACAACAAGCGGUUUUCUAUGUGAAGAAGCUUAUUCGUGACAUGAGACAGGAAGAAGAAAGUGCAAUAAGGCGAAAGAAUUUAGGACCCACGCCCACAGCUCUGGAGAAAGUACGAGGCUCCAAAAGAGUUGUAGUAACUGCUAUUGCAAUCAAUGCAGCCAACAGUAUAGUGAAGCUGGUUGCAUGGGUCAUCACUGGGUCACAUUCCAUGUUCUCUGAAAUGCUCCAUUCCAUCGCUGAUACUCUCAAUCAAGUCAUUCUUGCUGUGGGAAUUGAUCAAUCCAUCAGAAGAGCUGAUAUGGAACAUCCAUAUGGCUACUCACCAGCAAGAUAUGUGGCCUCUCUCAUCUCUGGAGUUGGGAUCUUCUGUGUUGGUGCUGGGGUCUCAGUGUAUCAUGGAAUCAAUGGUCUCAUUCACCCACAAGAGAUACAUUCUCUCUUUUGGGCUUAUUGCAUUCUUGGUGGAUCAUUUGUCUCAGAGGGUGGGACUCUCAUCCUUGCCAUCAACUCCAUCAAGAAUGGUGCUCAUAUCAAGAACAUGACCUUCUUUGACUAUGUGAUGAGUGGGCAGGAUCCCAGUGUGAAUGUAGUUCUUCUAGAAGAUGCAGCAGCUGUACUAGGUCUGGGAAUAGCAGGAAUGUGCAUGGGCUUGACCUCCAUGACUGGUUCCCCCAUACCAGAUGCCAUUGGGUCUCUUCUUGUUGGUGCCCUCCUUGCCCAAGUUUCUCUCUUCAUCAUCUCCACCAACAGCACUGCUCUCGUUGGACGGUCAAUCCCACAUGAACUGUUGCUGAAGAUCAACAACUCACUGGAGCAAGAUCGGAUGAUUCGUGCCAUUCAUGAUGUGAAAGGAAUAGACAUGGGAAACUCUCUGAUCCGAUACAAGGCUGAAAUUGACAUAGAUGGCAGGGAGCUCACUCGACGUUACCUGGAUGCUACGGAUCUUGAGAUUCUCCUAGAGGAAAUGAAGCAAAUGAAGAAUAUCGACGAGGUUGAGGCCUUCCUCUUGAAACAUGGAGAAAACAUCGUAGAUCUACUUGGUGCUGAGAUUGAUAGGAUUGAAUCUCUUUUGAAGAAAACAUAUCCAGAAGUGCGUCACUGUGAUUUGGAGGUGCUGUGACCCUACCCCUAAGGAACAUUCCUCCUAGAUAGAGAUCUAUUUUUCAAGACAGCUCCUCUCUACUCUAGUCUUGGGAAGCGGUUUUACCUGGGUUGUUGGUAAUAAAGAGCUAUGUCCAGAUUGCAUGUCAA